UCGGAUCCAUACGAACGCAAAGUCGCACUAGUGAACCCGCGAGAUUGUCAGGACGGCCUUUGACAACUUCCAGUGGUGGCUCUUCUUCCUCUCCGGCGGCGGCUGAGCUGCGGACAACAUUGCUCUGAAGCACUUGCAAUGAGUCUGCCGUAGAUUGACUAUGAAUUAAGGUCGACGCAUGCGCAGUUCAUGACGGUCUCACUUUACAUUGGCCUUCUGAUCGGGAUUGGCGCUGUCUUCUGGGGCUUUGGCUGUGACGUGAUCCGUCGGCUCUUCAGCUGGAAUGCGACGCUCUUACUCUCCGCCGUUUUUGCCAUGGCCGUAGCCGGCGCACCUACUUUCAUCGGCGCGGGUGCGCUGCUGACCUGUACUGGGCUAGGCAUCAGAGGAAAUCUGCUCGUUGACGUAGCAAUGCUCAUCGAGCUCCUUCCCAGCGCCAAGCGGUGGACACUUACUCUGCUUUCCAUCGUUUGGGUGCUCUGUGCGAUGACGUACGGGAUCUUUCCUGCGCCACUUCGAGGGACGGGAGGCGGUCUCUCGAUGGGCAUUCAGCGCGUGUUUGGUGUCACCGCACCGCUUGUAUUGGCUUCCAGCCAAGCACCAAAGACCUGCUCUCUCUAUUGCAGCCCGCUCUUCGUUUAAGCUGCACUAUUUAUUAUUUAAUCGAUCCUUAUGCUAUUCCUUCCGUACGAGACGAGGGGACGGACGGCGUUGUAAUUUAACUGAUACCAA